CAUGUUCCUGUGAAUAAUGUGUAUUAAAGGUCUCUCUCAGAGUACACUUCCUGACCGUCACUCAUCGUUUUCAUCCUCUCUGCUCUCCGUCUCUCUGCAUCAACCUCAGACUGACUGCUGAGCCUGCAAACACCAUGCAGACACCAUGCCCCGCAUGCUGAUGCAAACUCACUCUCUGAGAUCCAGCUUUAGAACAGGAUUAGAUCUCUCUGCAUUCACAUGCAUGCAUCAGUCUUUGUGCAUAACUCAUCAUUGGUUAUGUUCUUUAUAUAGACGAUAUCUUUAAACAUAAACUGUUGACUGUAUUUACUCUGUUUGAUCAGCAUUAUGGUGAUGAAAAUGUGAUGUGCAACAAGAACAGAACCUGCAUUUAUUGAUGGAAUCUUUCCUCCAUUCCUGAUAUAGUUAUGAUCACUAAGAAUAGGUUGCCUUGUCUCUAAUUAUCUCUUAUCCUGCAGGUUUCACCAGGGAUUACUGCAUUGAAAUAUUAUUGUUAUUAAUUGCUAUCAAAUGUGCUGCAUUUCAGUUUAAUUUAGCUACAGUGCUGAUGAGCUGUAUGUCAACCCUGUGACUGAAGGGCGACCAGUCCAGGGACCAGUCCAGGGUGUACCCAGUGACAGCUGGGAUUGGCCUCAGCACCUGUGAUCUAUAAUGGGAUAAGCUGCAUAAAUAAUGACUGGAUGGAAUACGUCUUAUGAUACUUAGCAACAGAAUGAUCCACACGCAACAUGCACAGCAGAGCACAUUGCUCCCCCUUUAUGGAGGGCAGACAGGCGGCAUGACAGAGGAGAAAUGUCCCCAGCUGGUGGACUACUUUGUAGUGGCAGGUCUGGACCCUGCUGGGCCCUGGAGGCCCCUGGACGAGGAUGGAAAGACCUCCACCACCUCCUCUUCGUCCUCCUCCUCCUCGUCAUCGUCUGGCCGGGCGGUGGAGUCGGUGACAGACCUGGCGGUGAUUGCCCGGGGCCUCGGAGAGGAGGUGCCGGAGGGCUUCACCUGCAUCGAGAGGACGCUGGGCGGGCACUCGGCCGAGCUGAGCGCCGGACUCAUCAACAACCCUCACCUGUAUCUGUGCUACCGCCGAGGACGGGACAAGCCGCCCAUACUGGACCUGGGGGUUCUGUAUGAGGGGAAGGAGCAGCUGAAGCAGGGAUGGUACGUCAUCGAGACGACGCCGUACAGCCGCUCGGCCAGCCUCAGCUCGGGCGGCGCUCCCACGGCUCACCGGGUGUUUCUGACGUACCGGAGGGCUCUGGACUCUCAGGGCCUCCACACGCUGGGCGUCACUGACAUUGCCCUGCUGCUGCCGAGUAAAGGAGAGGUGGCACCUCACACCUUCUGCAGGGUGGACAAGAACCUCAACACAGGGAUGUGGGGUCCAGCUCUGUAUGUUUGCUACAAGAGAGCCGUGGCUAAAGCGAACGCUCUCGUAUACAAGGCCGGUCUGCUGAGUCGGUACCCAGAGGAGGACCUGGAGGCGUUUCCUCUGCCAGAGUCGGUGCCGGUCUUCUGUCUGCCGAUGGGCGUCACCGUGGAGAGCUGGCCUCUGAACGCAAAAUACCAACUGCCCGUCUUCUCCACCUUCGUCCUCACCUCUGCCUCAGGGGAUAAGGUUUACGGAGCAGCCAUCCAGUUCUACGAGUCGUUCCCUCGGGAGCUGCUGUCGGAGCGGCAGAGCGUGAGGCUCGGCCUGCUCAGUGUGGUCGACCGGCGGCCAAUCACAAACCGAAGCCUGCAGGUGAAGAAGAGCAUCUGCGUCCUCUCCCACUGGCCUUUCUUCACCGUCUUUCAAAAGUUCCUCACCUUCGUCUACAGAUACUCCAUCUCUGGACCCCACGUCCUGCCGCUUGAAAAACACAUCUCCAGCUUCAUGCACAAUGUCCCUUUCCCCUCCCCGCAGCGACCUCGCAUCCUUGUCCAGCUCUCUCCGUACGAUAACCUGCUGCUCUGCCAGCCCGUCUCCUCUCCACUCCCACUCAGUGGUGCAAGCUUCCUGAAGCUGCUGCAGAACCUCGGUCCAGAGAACGCCUGCACGCUGCUGCUUGCCGUCCUCACCGAACACAAACUGCUGCUGCACUCGCUCCGCCCCGACGUCCUCACCUCCGUCAGCGAAGCCCUCGUCUCUAUGAGCUUCCCGCUGCGCUGGCUCUGCCCCUACAUCCCUCUGUGUCCGCUGCAGAUGGCCGACGUGCUGCUGGCACCGAUGCCGUUCAUUGUUGGCGUCCACUCCAGCUACUUUGACCUCUACGACCCUCCCACCGACGUGGUGUGUGUCGACCUGGACACAAACACCAUCUUUCAGUCGGAGGACAAGAAGCCUCUGUCUUGGAGAUCUUUACCCAGGAAGCAGGGGAAGAUGCUUUUCAACACGCUCACCAACCUCCACAAGACCCUCGAAAAGAUUUGCACUCCAGGCCAGGAGGAGGCAACGUUGGAGUUCCUACUGACCGACUACGAUCAGAUCUACCGGAGUCAGAAACAGCUGGAGCUGGAGAUCCAGGAAGCGUUUCUCCGCUUCAUGAGCUGCCUGCUGAAAGGCUACAGAGCUUUUCUACUGCCCAUCACACAGGCUCCAUCAGACACCACCACAGACUGCAGCUCUCUCUUCAACCUGCUGGGUUUCCUAAAGUCUCGGGAUCGAACGCAGCAGAAGUUUUACAGCCAGCUGACGAGGACUCAGAUGUUCACCCAGUUCAUCGAGGAGUGUUCCUUCGUCAGCGACCGCCACGCCUGCCUCGAGUUCUUCGACGAGUGCGUCCAGAAGGUGGACGUGGAGAAGCCUGAGGAGGUGCGACUAGUCGAUCUAGACGAGACUCACAGCGGAGAGCACACCGUCUUCAUCAUGCCUCCUGAAGAACCGCAGGAACCAGACGGCUCUGAGUGUCCCGCCCCCUACAGUUAUGAAACGUUCCCCACGCUGAAGCCCGAGCUCUUUGACAGACCUCAGGACCAACUCAGAGUCCCGACUAAAGGGAGUGCCCCCAGUAGCCCCGCCCCCCGACGCACAAAACAGGAGAUCAAGUUGGCCCAGAAAAAGGCUCAGAAGUACUCAGCGGUUCCUGACAUGUGGUCCAAGUGUCUGCUGGGUCAUUGUUACGGCCUCUGGUUUAUCUACCUGCCCACCUUCGUACGAGCAGAGAGCGCAAAGGUCCGAACGCUGCACACAGCGUACGACGUCCUCAAACACAUGGAGAACCGCAAAGUGGUGCUGCCAGACGAGGUGUGUUACAGGAUCCUGAUGCAGCUGUGCGGUCAGUACGGUCAGCCUGUCCUCGCCGUUCGAGUCCUGCUGGAGAUGAAGAAGGCGGGAAUAACGCCAAACACCAUCACCUAUGGAUACUACAACAAGGCCGUCCUGGAGAGCAAGUGGCCGUCCACGAGUCAAGGUGGGCGUCUCCGCUGGGCCAAACUGAGGAACGUCCUGCUGGCUGUGGCUCAGUUCAGACAGCCAAUCAAACGGCGGCAGAAGAGCGGCUCCUUAGGCUCGCGGGGAGAAACAUCCAUCGACCCUGACCAGAGGCUCCGCCCCCAGUCUGCUCUGAUUCGUCAGUCUAGUUGGAGCGGUCUCUCUGAGAGCUCCAGUCACGAGUCUCUGACGGGUUCGAUGGUGAAGAGCAACAGUCUGAGCAGCAUGAAGAUGCCCAACGACAAGGUCAAGCUCUGCAAGAAGACAAUUCUCCGAAACACGGGUACGAACGGCUGCACCGACGCCCGUAAACCUCCGAUGGGCCGCAGAGACACCUCCACACCUCCUCCGGCGCCCUCCAGUGGUGUCGUGGUUCGUCGAAGUCAGGUCUGCCUCUCCACCUUCUACAAAGACUGUGCAGAGACGGCCGACUCUGAACCGGAUUGCUGCCAGCCUGCAGAGAGAGACGGCAGACCUGCCGGGACUCGAGACUCAGCCGGCAGAAACAAAGCUGUCGAUGAGAACUCCAACAACGUCUCGUCCCCGAGCAGAGGAGGUCUGGCAGGAAAACUCCAGCAGCUCUUAACUCCAACGAGACAUCGAGUGCAGGUCAGACGAGCCGCCAGCGUGGACGACAGGAGGCCAGGAGGAGGAGGAGGAGGAGUGGGACGAAGAGUGGCCGAGCAGAGGCAGUCGAGGAAAGCUCAAGUGGCUGAAACGCUGCUGAAGGCCAAGGAGAGACUGGUCAGCGCUACCUCAGAGAGUUCCUUGUCGGUAGGAAGUGACCUGGACCUGACGGAUACGCCGAGUCCAGCCUAUCCUCUACGGAGGUCCUGGGACGCCAACCAAGAGGGGGCAGGACUGGAGGUGUUGAUGUCCAGCUGCUCUCUGUGUCGGAGCUGUAACUCGCUCGUUUACGACGAGGAGAUCAUGGCGGGCUGGACGUCAGACGACUCUAACCUGAACUCAUCCUGUCCGUUCUGCAACGCGUCCUUUGUCCCUUUCCUAAACGCAGAGAUCUGUGACCCUGGACCCCUCAACAGUGCGGAGCGCUGUAACUGGAACGUGGAGGACGAGGUUGAGAGCGCAGUGAGGCCCCCUAGUGUUCACGAACCCUCGGUGCGACAUCAGUGUAACGGCCUGAGUGACGACUCGAGUUCAGAGACGAGCAGCUACUCAGAGAACAGCAGAACCACCACGGGCUCCUCAGUGGGCGGGACCCCCCAGGUGACGGUGGCGUACCUGAGCCCCCUCGUCCUGAGGAAGGAGCUGGAGAGUCUACUGGAGAAUGAAGGCGAGUCGGUCCUGGCUCAGCACCAGUUCCUGGAGAACCACUCCAUCAUUUUCUGGAACCUGGUCUGGUACUUCCAGCGUCUCGGUCUGCCCAGUAACCUGCUGCAGCUGGUCCGGACAUCACCACUGGUCAGCCAGCUCACACAGUCGGAGAACUCAGCGGUGAGGGUCCGGCUUCUUUGGGACACGCUGGCCCCAGACAUAGACCAGUGGCCCCCCCUCUACGUCCUCUGGAGGAUCCACAGUGGCGUCCCGAUGAGGAGCUACAGCUGGCGGAGACACAACCACCCGUUCUCGCUCUCCUUCCUGGAGGAGGUGCUGCGCUGGGUCGGCAUGAAUGAGGUGCACAAAGCUGUCACGCUGUUUCUCGACACGCUCGCCAAGCAGCCCGGCACGGCCUGGACGCAGAGGAGUUUGUACAGAGAGUUCCUCUUCCUCACUCUGGCAGCUAUGGGCAAAGACCACGUCGCUGCGUUCGAUAAGAAGUACAAGGCGGCGUACUCUCGCCUCAGUGGCACUCUAGGUCGAGAGGAGCUCCGUAAGAAACGAGCUCAGCCUCCCAGCCCCAAAGCCGUCGACUGCAGACGCAGCUUCCACCCGCCGCUCGAGUGCUGAUGAUCAAGGAGACAAACUCCUGCAGCUUCGUCCCUCUAAGAGGAGGAGCAGAAACAUGGGAUCGCUGCUGCCUCCGCCUGCUUGUAUUCUUCACCUCUCUGCAGCCUCCUGGUGGAUGUGGGAGUGACGCGCUCCCUCCUGUCCUCUGUUCCUCUGUCCGCCUCGUCGAUUGAUGUGAAUCCAGCAGCUUUAUGUCUCCUUUAAGUCGAUCCGGCUGCAGCAGAGACAGACUGAAGAGACUUUUUUACUCCACGAGGUAAAAAAACUGAGCCGAGAUGUCUGCAUCAGAGCGUAAGGAGGAGUCGAGCAUCGUCUGAAGGAAAGGAAAGUGAAAGGAAACUUGAGAUUCCUGCAUGUCCAGAGCCAUCAGAUGUGUCUGUUUUCACUUACAUUUUUCUGUUUGUAAAAUACACACCUAGAUGUUUGGAACUGGAUCUGAAAGGCACUGCAAAAGCUCAUCUGAGCGCUUCUAAAGGACUGAAAGUGUGUGAAUGUUUUAACCAUAGAGGCAGAUUUUAGUUCUCACAGUACAACCAAGGUGGAUUUAAUACUUAAAAUGUGAAAUAAAGACAACGCAGCAGGUCAAACGAGGGUCGUCACAUUGCUAGAACUUUUAAACUCGUAAUAAACGAACAAUAUCAAUACAACAGCAACAAAAAUACAAGUCCUAGACUCCCAGAAUUGGGUGACUGUUCUCUUUAUCAUUGCUCAAAACUGUAGGAAACACCUCCAUAUGUUCUAAAAUGGAUUGGGAGCAUAUCAGACCAUGCACUAUUUCUACAGUUCUUGCUCUCUUUUAGUAAAUUAUGUGACUGAAGAUCCGUAGAUUUACAAGGCUUCAGUAUUUCUUGGUACCAUAGAGCUUCUGUUCUCCUCUGAUCCAUCCUCAGGACCCGCUACCACCUCCUCCAUGAGAAGUCAUGACCAUAAAUCACUGGAACUUAUUUAGUUACAAAGUUCUUCAUAACCACGUGAUGGAUUGGCUAGAUUCCAUGUCUGCUAUUCAUGUUACAAAGCUACUAGCUGAUUCGCUCGUUCCUGGUUGGAGAAUAACCAGACCAAUCAGCAUCAUUUGAUAAUAAAGAGGUGGUAACUAGAGGCAUGGUUUAGUUGAAGUGAUUGCAAGCCUGUAAACAAUGGUGGCCGUUUAAGAUUUUAGCAUGGAUGCAGAUGUAGCAGCAGUUUGAUCAGAAAUGGACAUUUCUUCAAGAGAAGAGUAAAGAACCACACUCAAAGAUUUUUAUCGGAGGAAAAGAUGUUUUUGCUCGUUCCGUUUACUCCCCAGAACGCACGCCUCCCACACAAUAUGCUUUGUUGCUCUGAUUGGCCCGUAAAGACUGACAGUCAACCUCUGAGUGUUUUUUUUUGAGGUUCUGCCCUUCCCAAACAUUAUCUAUGGCAGUGAUACUCAACGUGUGGCUCUAGAGCCACAUGUGGCUCUUUUAUGUCUUAAUUUUAAAUAUUAUUUCCCUAGAAAACCUUACAAAACAAAAACUUUUGACCUCAGAAAUGAUCCAUGGAAAGUCACAUUAAUCAGUUUGUAUAACACACUGUUACUGUAGGCUUCAACUGUGAACCUUUAGUUUUGUCUAUAUAUUUCCAUUGCCCUUAUUUGCCAUUUUUUGCCCCUUUAUUCCAUUUUUGCCACUUUUAGUCCAUUUUUCUGCUUUAAGCCCACUUUUUCCACUUGUUUUUGUAACUUUUUGCCCAU